GCCUUAUGAAUGUUCGUCGGACUUCAACAACCUAUGUUUACGUUAAUGUCAAUAAUUAAUUUUUGCUGUGUAUCUGAAGUUUCACUUCAAUGCGUGAUAGGGAAAUAAGAACUCUGCUAUCUGCUAAGUAUCUUAUUCUUCCUUCAAUCCAAUAUUUUUGUCAUUGAUGAAGCAAAAAUACGUGCUUUUCUAUUUGUUUGAAGUAAUUGAAAACAACUCUAUUAUUCUGGUUAGUUCGUUGGCGCGUUUUUUUUUACCGUCAUGAAUCCCCAGCAGGUUUCUUUACUGAAGGAGUUUGUGGAGUUGUUAAAACGAAAACCUGAAGUUUUGGAUACUUCAGAAUUAUCAUUCUUUAGAGAGUGGCUUUUGAGUCUCGGGGCCAAAAUUCCAUCGUCUCAACCCAAACAGACUACUGAAACCCCACUUUCAGAUGUCGACUCUGGAGCGGAUGAGACGUCGGAAUCCGAAAUAGAGUUUGAUGAUGAGGUCUUACCACGAGAAGUUGUUAAGGACCUUGACAUGGGUGAUGAAGGAAUAGAGGUUACUGAAGAGAUGCUCGAAAAAGCUGAAGAGAAAAAAAGUGAGGCUAUGGGCAAAAUGUCCGAUGGAGAUUUCAGUGGAGCUGUUGACCUGUUUACGGAAGCAAUUAAGCUGAACCCACUGUCAGCGCUUUUCCACGCUCGACGUGCAAGCUGCUUUAUAAAAAUGAAAAAACCUUCUCAUGCCAUCAGUGACUGUGAUAAGGCCAUUUCUCUCAAUCCUGACUCUGCACAACCAUACAAGUGGAGAGGAUUCGCAAAUAAGAUGGUUGGCAAUUGGGAGGCUGCCUACUCUGAUCUGCAAACAUCUUUGAGGUUGGAUUAUUCGGACGAUGCUUAUGAGGCGAUGAAAGAAUUAGAACCUAAACACAAACGAAUUUUCGAACACAACAUGAAGUAUGAGCGUAAACGACAAGAGAAAUUGGACAGGGAAAAACGUGAGCGGAUCCGAAAGGCACGUGAGGAGAGAGAACGUGCCCAAAAGGAAGCAGAGAAAGCUGACUUCGAGAUGCCGGAUGAAGGGGGUGUCCCAGGCAUGGAUAACGUAUUCUCACAAUUGUUCAACGAUCCUGAAUUGGUGACGGCACUUCAGGAUCCAGAAGUGAUGAAAGCGUUUAGUGAAGUGUGCUCUAACCCAGCUGCUAUGGACAAAUAUAAAGAUAACCCAAAGGUAAAGAAGAUUAUCGAAAAGAUGAAAAAUAAGUUCGGUGGUGGUGGUAUGCCUGGAGGUAUGCCGUUUGGAAUGGGUGGAAGCGGUUUCAACAUGCCUGGUCAGUCAUGUCCAGAUUUAGACUAAAUCGCAUGGAUGCUGAUUCAAGUUACUCGGUGAAUACAUUCAAGCACAUGUUAUGCAGACAUUUUUUUUACAUAAAAACUUCUCUCACCAGUGUUUAUUUUCUCUUAAUCUUCUAAUCUAACAAUACAUUUUGUUUGAACCUCCUUUUACCUAAGAAACAUGAAGUAAUGCAAUUAGAUAAAAGCACCUUUUAAUUCAUUUCACUGGUCUAGUUGCUCGAUUAACAAUCUCUGAACCUUGAGUUCAAACCUUGUUCCAUUUACCAUGGUUUGGGCAGCCAAGCAGUAUCGUUAGCUCUUACACAAUAAGCGUGGCUCCUUACCAAUCAUAUGGUGAUGCAAGAAGUUGUUUAGCAACACACACAACAAAGCUCGAGUGAGCAAUAUAUAUUUAAAAAUGGUUAUUGCAGCACUUGUGUUAAGUACA